UGCAUAUCCGAUGCAUGAUUGACCGCUUCUCUAACGCUGAUUUCAGCCCAAUGACGAAGUAGACCAGUCAGCACGCGUUGUUCGACGCGCCGCUGAUGGGCUUGUGUAUCCCGAACGCCAUUCUGCCACCAUAGACCGCUUGUAUCUUAGGUUUGUUUGGGUAUACAGCAGUCAGGGUUUUCCGGGUUUUCCGGGUUUUCCACUGCAUCUCUCGCCUUUACUUCCCAAUCUUGGGAAUUAUUUAUUCGGUUAGCCAAGAGGCGAGUACCGUCAAAUACCCACGCCCCUUGAAAAAAGACACGAGCAGAUUAAUACAAAAUGCCAAGCAUCUCUGCUCUCACGAUCUAUAUCUUUGGCGCCAGCGCCUUCAACCACGGUGUCAGUAACCUCGUGUCGCAACGCAAAGCGCUCGCCUCCAAGCAAUUACCCGACUCGGCCCUUCCAGCCCUCAAUGGCUUCUCGGUCGCCAUCAUCGGCAUCGGCAUCUACUACAUGCUCGCAGCGUAUCAAGAGAAUCGAGCAUUUUUUGCCAUGACGCUCGCUCGGUUCAUAUCAGCAAGAAUCUUCUGGGCACAGGGCCCUGCUUGGCAAGUCAUAGCCACAUGGGAAGCUGUCUCGGCUGUCAUGACGGGCCUUGCUUUGGUUUGGGACAUUUCGAGAGAGGCGUAGGACAUGAGUGGCUAUCUCGAGGCCUUGGUGGCCAUUCUAGUUCAGCGCAUAGCUUGUUUUGUGCUGCGGGAUGUGAAAGACGGUGUUUUGGGUGUUAGGAAUAAUCGUAG